GCGGGCGGGGCGGCGGCCAACGGUCGGCGGCGUGAGGGGACGGCGCUGCUGCCGCCUGCGGGAGGAGAGGAGAGGAGGAAGAGGAGGAAGGGAGGAAGGAAGGAGGGAGCUGCUGCUGCUGCUACUGCUCCUACUGCUGCUGCUGCUGCUGCUGGACGUGGUGGUGGUGCCCCGGGCAGAGCCUCCCCCUCCCGCCGGGCCGGGCGGGGCGGGCUCCGCGGCCGCGAUGUCUCAGGAGCGGCCCAAGUUUUACCGGCAGGAGCUGAACAAGACGGUGUGGGAGGUGCCCGAGCGCUACCAGAACCUCUCCCCGGUCGGCUCCGGGGCCUACGGCUCCGUCUGCUCUGCCUUUGACACAAAGACCGGGUUGCGUGUGGCUGUAAAGAAGCUGUCCCGACCAUUUCAGUCUAUCAUCCAUGCCAAGCGGACCUACCGAGAGCUGCGGCUACUUAAGCACAUGAAGCAUGAAAAUGUUAUUGGUUUGUUGGAUGUGUUCACCCCUGCCAAGUCACUAGAAGAAUUCAAUGAUGUGUACUUGGUGACACACCUUAUGGGAGCAGAUCUGAACAACAUUGUGAAAUGCCAGAAACUCACAGAUGACCAUGUGCAGUUCCUCAUAUACCAAAUUCUUCGGGGGCUGAAGUACAUCCAUUCAGCUGACAUAAUACACAGAGAUUUAAAACCUAGUAAUCUAGCUGUAAAUGAAGACUGUGAGCUAAAGAUCUUGGAUUUUGGCUUGGCUCGACACACAGAUGAUGAGAUGACCGGGUACGUGGCUACCCGGUGGUACAGGGCUCCUGAGAUCAUGCUGAACUGGAUGCAUUACAACCAGACAGUUGAUAUUUGGUCAGUGGGAUGCAUUAUGGCUGAACUGUUGACUGGAAGAACGUUGUUCCCUGGUACAGACCAUAUUAACCAGCUUCAGCAGAUCAUGCGUCUGACGGGAACACCCCCUGCAUAUCUCAUUAACAGGAUGCCCAGCCAUGAGGCAAGAAACUACAUCCAGUCAUUGUCUUACAUGCCGAAAAUGAACUUUGAAAAUGUGUUUAUUGGUGCCAAUCCACUCGCUGUGGACUUGCUAGAGAAGAUGUUGGUACUGGAUACAGACAAGCGAAUUACUGCAGCGGAAGCAUUGGCUCACGCCUACUUUGCUCAGUACCAUGACCCAGACGAUGAACCAGUGGCAGACCCCUAUGACCAGUCGUUUGAAAGCAGAGAACUUGAGAUUGAAGAAUGGAAAAGCCUGACUUACGAUGAAGUAAUCAGCUUUGUGCCACCACCGCUUGACCAAGAGGAGAUGGAGUCCUGAGAACCUGCUCUCUUCUGUUUGUCCCACUUCACUGUGAGGGGAAGGCCUUUUCAUAGGGACUCUCCAAAUAUCAUUCAAGUGCCUCGUCACAACAAUAUUCUCCUUGGUGGAGGGGUUUUGUGUGUGUUGAAUCGGGGAGGGUGGGGGGAGGGAAGAAAGCUGAGUCUAUGUAAACAUGCUGCAUGCUCUUGUAUUCUGUGUACAGCCUGGGGCAAGCCUCUGAAGACCUGUUCUGACUGCUCUUUAGUCCUCCACAGAAACAGUGCUCAAACAGUUUGCGCUGCUGGGGCAAGGUGGGGAAAGUGACAUUCAAAGUUAGGUUGCAAUCGUUGCCAUUUGUCAGUUGUUCUACAAUUAAGUAACCUCAAAAUAAGGGAAGUUGGUUGAUAGGCGUAGAGACUCCUCUGUUUUCUUCAGGAGUGAGGGUAAGGUUGAGGGAUGUCCUUGUUCCAUGCCAGGGGGCUGAUCUACAUCCAGAUCUUGGUACAUAAGGUACAGCAGAACAUACAGGCUUUCUGAUGACUGAUUCUUGGAAUGUGAAAAGGUUUUGUAUGAAACUGUAAAUAAGUUUGUGCCUUAAGUGAAUGGGGAAUGAGGGGAAAGAAAGUCUGGAUUGGAAAAUCUGACCCUGCUGUUUUUCACGGGGAAGGCUCCCAGAUAGCCAGGCAUGAGCUCUAUGUAUUCAGGAAAUAACUUUCCGGGGCAACAGCAUCUUGCCUUGGAUUGGGUAUUCUGUGUUUUUGCCUCUUCCCCUCUUCUCGUUCUGAGGCUUCCCAGCAUUAGUUCUCAGGAGACAGAGGCUGGAGAAGAUUCUUGCUAGCCACAUGUUGUGUAUCUUGUUCUGUGAAAGGUGGGAUUGGAUGUUCUUGCAUGUCGUAGCUGUAUGUGCAUGUAGAGCUGCUUACUUUUUGUUAACUUCUUGGGGAUGGCACUGGGGCAGUUAAAUCAUCAGUGAACGGUUUCACUGAGUACCUCAGCCAGUGCCAUGAAAUCACAGCAUCCUUCCUCUUGUGUUGCAGCUCGGUGUGAAAUACCUGCCGCGGUGGAGGCUUUGGUGAGAAAAGGAUAAAAUAUACAGCACAGAAACACGCACCUUUUCUUUAGUUCUGAUCUGAUUUCAGAGGAGGAGAGAUUGGGAUGGAAGGUUUCUUGUGAGAUCAAGUGUAAAAAAAAAAAAUGUUCUUCAAAGAAACAACUAUGGCAUCUUGUGCCAGAAUUUAAGUUAUUUCCUGAAAAGAAUUUUUCCUAAAAAUGUUGGAAUCCAAAGCAAAGAAAUAAGCAUGCAUAAAACCACAAUCUCCCUUUCACUGUCUAUAUCUAUAAAUAUAAGUAUUUAUAUAUAUAAAACUAACAUUUACUAGAGGAAAUUUUACCAUCUCUGAUAAGAGCUUCUUGGCUGUUUUUUAGCAGGUCAAUCUCUGCUUGAGGAAACAGGAAAAAGGAGCAUGUUUGAAUACAAACGUGGUUCAAAUAUUUUGUAUUUUACAGGUCUCUGCAUGAAUUUAAUACCCAGAGUUAGCUACUGGCAGAAGGGAGGUUUCUCAGCAUUUUUGUGUGCUAGAACUAUACCUGGGGAGCUCAGGAGCCCAAUUUUAGGACUUGUGGAGGAGACCUUUUUAAGACAUUUAUCUGUUGCAGGCAUCCUGUGCAGACAGCAUACCCGUGUAUGUGAGAAGGGCUUUUGCAGUAUUUUGUAUUCUUGUUACCUAUGCGAUGGAGAGGAAGUGUUUGUAGUGUUUUUACCACAUGAUUGAAGAGGCAGCACAAAGGGAUGGGACACGAAAAAUAAAGCCAUCAAUUCCUCCUAGGCUACUUUCCAGUGAUCUCUUCAGGUCAAAUACUUUAUAAAGUCUGGGGUGAGAUGAACAGAGUUUUGCCAUGCUCUGGGGUAAAACUCUCCUUAGACCAACAAAAUCAAGACAGAAAACCUCCCUUUUCUGCUGGACCGGCAGUCCAGGUAUUCAAAUGAAAAAUGUAGAUAUACUCUGUAAACCUACAGCAAGAUUAUUUUUAUCAGCCAUUUUAUGUGUAGAUGCUACAGUGUGAUUCCAUGCGGAAAUAUUGCUAAAGAUUUUUAAAAAAAUAUAGACAUUGUGUGUGCGCGUGUGUGUCUGUGCGUGUGUGUGAGUGGGAAUGUUUCAUUCAAAGUCCGUACUCUAAGGGGAGCCCAAGUGGCAUGCACUCCCUACCUGCAGUGCAAUGCUGUUCAGCUGCCUGGGGACUGAACAGGAGGAUGCACUUCAAAGAAGAGAUCCGCUAUUUUGUUUCUAUCCAUGAAUUUUGCUGUAAUUGGUUAUGCCAGAUAAGAUGUCACAAUACCACUGGUUAAAAAUAAAACCUAUUUUUCAGA